AUUACCGGGGCUCCUUUUCUCCCCCACCCAAAACAUUCUCAGUCCUUUCACUGACCUGGCUUCUGAUUGGAGGCUCGUUGCUUCAGAUAAUGACCUCCAGGACCCCUCUGUGGGUUACAGCCUGUUCGUAUUACUCUUACCGCAGCUUAAGACUCCUGCAGUGGGGAGUAAGGAAAAGGAAAAGACCAGCAUUUUCAACAUCCCCAGACAGGCUGUUCGUUAAGAUGAGGGAUCUUUUUCAGUAUGUCGCCUGCUUCUUUGCAUUUUUCUCUACUGGGUUCUUGGUUGUGGCCACCUGGACAGACUGUUGGACGGUGAAUGCAGAUGACUCCCUGGAGGUGAGCACAAAAUGCCGAGGCCUCUGGUGGGAGUGUGUCACAAAUGCUUUUGAUGGGAUUCGCACCUGUGAUGAGUACGAUUCUAUAUUUGCUGAACACUCCUUGAAGCUGGUGGUAACUCGGGCACUGAUGAUUACUGCAGAUAUUUUAGCUGGAUUUGGAUUUAUUACCCUGCUCCUUGGUCUUGACUGUGUGAAAUUGCUCCCUGAUGAGCCAUACAUCAAAGUCCGCAUCUGCUUUGUUGCUGGAACCACAUUACUUAUAGCAGGUGCCCCGGGAAUCAUUGGCUCUGUGUGGUAUGCUGUUGAUGUUUAUGUGGAACGUUCUUCUCUGGUUUUGCACAAUAUAUUUAUUGGCAUCCAAUAUAAAUUUGGUUGGUCCUGCUGGCUUGGAAUGGCUGGGUCUCUGGGUUGCUUCUUGGCUGGUGCUGUCCUCACAUGCUGCUUAUACAUCUUCAAAGAUGUUGGACCUGAGAGGAACUAUCCUUAUUCCAGGAGGAAAGCCUAUUCAACUACAGCUGUUUCCAUGGCCCCGUCAUACGCAGCCCCUCGGACACAGACUGCCAAAAUGUAUGCUGUAGACACUAGGGUGUGAAGUGACACAUAUCAGUCUGUGUGUAUAUGUUGUUUAACUAACCAAUCAAUAUGUUCAAGUUAAUAAAAUAGCUGGCCAAUCCAGGAACAGUUAUCUAGACUUCCUGUUCAACUAAAUUAAUUGCUUAGCUUAAUCAAAAAGUUUGAUUCUCCUAUCACUUCUCCUUCUCAAUUAUUCUUAUAUUCUUCCACAUUCUUUUACCCUCUCUCUCUCACAUAUAUACACAUGUACACUUUCACUGUAUUUUAAGAUAAGGUUGCUGGGAUAUAAAACUGUUUGUUGUGAUAUUGCUGCUAGAGAUAGUGACAUGUUGAUAUUAAAAUUAAAUGACACUUUAAGAAUAG